UUUGGGGACACAAAAGGCGGGUAAAUAUUCUGAAUUUUGGUGGGAAGAAACUCAAUUCAACUUAAAACAAAAAAUCUGAUGACGAAGAAGAACAAGUUGAGUAAUGAGUCAAGAAUCAGAGUUCGUGGUCAACGAUCAAUUCAAUCAACUAUAUUAAUCCAUCAAACACCACCAUCCACCAGAAAUGAUGAUCAGAAAACCCCGGAAAACGGAAGGCAAAACAAUAAGCGUCCUCCGAAGAUCUCGUUAACGGAUUUCCUUAACCGGAAGCUCCAGAAAACAACUACUACUACUGAUUCGUUAAAGUCACUCCAGGGUAAAGACAAACCAUUUCUCAGAACAGGGUUCAGCGUGGGUGUUAAGCAAUCUAUCAAUGGGGCAAGUGCUGACCAAAAAUCUCAGGGACCAGAGUUGAACAGUAUUUUUGAUGUUGUUUUUGAACAGUUCAAGCGCACUAAAGAGAGUGAAGAUAAUAUUUCUGUCAAUAUAGAAGAUGAGAGUCAAAGAAGUAACAUUACACAACUAACAGAAGAAUCCAACAGUCCGGAUUUGAGCAAAACAAGAAACACAACUGGAGGUUUGUAUCGUAAACCACUUGCUCCAAAGGGUUUGGUUGUUCUUGGAGGUGAUCCAACCCCAAUACGAACAAAAUAUCAGAAACCUGUAGUCAGAAAUGAGAAGCCACUUCCCCUUUAUAACCACUAUGCAAGUGGCAGUGGAUGGUGGGACAGCGAUAUGGAAGGCAUAGAUAAUGAUGAAGUAGGUUUCAAUGAAGUAUGGGAGGGAGUAGGCUCUGCCACAUUGGGUGGACUCGAUUGGCAUUAAGCCAAUUGAAUCAUCAGAUGCACCAUGAAGAAACCGCAUGUGUUAGGUAAACAAUUAUGGUCUUUAUAUUGAAAAGUCACACCUUUUCUAUAAGUUAGGUACCAUUUGCAGGUCAUAACCUUACCACUAAUCUAGAGGAUGCACUGCUGGUUUUUGUGUAAAUUGAUUGUGGAAUUCUCACUAUAUGUUCCCAAGCACAGUGGAAAUUGCAAAAAUGUUGAAUUCAGAUGCUAUGUUUUCUUUGAUCACCUUAUGAGCCUGUUGUUUACAUUUUUACCUCUGAACUUACCAUUGU